AUGAUUGCCAAUAGGAUACAGGUUGAUGCUGUCAAGCAUGAUAUCUUCCAUCCCAACCAACUUGGCGGCAUCCGCCAGAGAUCAACUGAGGAUGCUGGAUUGAUUCUGACUCAUCUCAUGCAAGCAGAGUGGGUUAAGGGUCUCCAGACUAGCGCACUGGCUUUUGACAUCGCGCAGUUCUUCCCUUCUAUCAACCACGAGAUGUUCAUGGCUGUACUUCGCAAGCAAGGGUUCUCGCUGGUUCUGGUGGAGUUCUUUGCCUCUUAUCUUGUUGGCCGUUCCACAGUCUACUGCUGGAACACCUUCCAAUCCGACUUGCAGUCUGCGGAUGUGGAUGUCGGGCAAGGCUCAGCUCUCUCGCCUGUUAUCUCUGGGCUGUUCAUUGCUCCGGUAAUGAAGCUCUUCUAUAUCAAAGUGGCGCCGCUCAACAUGAUGCUGCUUUCCUUUGUGGAUGACGGGACCAUUCUGGCCCAAUCCAAACAACUCGAUGAUAAUAAUGUGGGCCUGCGUAAGGCCUACAAGAUUAUUUACCUACUUUUUGUUGCUUUCGCACUCAUUCUUGAACAUGACAAGACCGAGCUGUUCCACUUUUCGCAUCGACGAGAUGCCUACAAUCCCUCGCUGGAUCUGGGGUACGCCCCGCAUACUGGCGCUACGCCUUUGAAGCCCAAGACCUUUUGGAGGUACUUGGGCUUCUACUUUGACCACGGGCUCACAUUUCAUGAGCACAUUUGCUACUACGCCACCAAGGCGUUCACCACCGUGCAGGCCAUGCGCAUGCUCGGAAACUCUACUAGAGGACUCUUGCCUAAACAGCGCCGCCUCUUAUAUCGGUCGUGUGUGGUGCCUAUUGCCACAUACGUCUAUCAUCUCUGGUAUUUUGACGGUGCCCGUAAUAAGGGCACAAUGAACCAGCUGAAACAGAUGCAGCAAAAAGCUGCUCUAUGGACUACGGGUGCUUUCCGCACCUCCCCUACAGGCGGUCUUGAGGCCUUGGCAGGUCUCAUCCCCGUUCACCUCAUGCUGAAGAAGCUGGCGACGUGCGCAGUGUAUCGCGUUGCCACCCUUUCGGACACUCACCCUCUUCGCUCCAUGUUGGGCGAGGGGUUCCUUAAGCGAGCCGCACCACAUGCUCGCUCAGCCGCCUUGAUGACCCCAGCCAUGCGAGGGAAAGUCAAGAGCACCGUUAUGGAGGUGGACGAGUGCGUCCACACCUUAACUGAGAGCUUCGAGCCCUUUGCGCCUGAAGCUCGCCCAGGCGAUCGGUUACUGGACCGCUAUGCAGACCACAAGCUCAUCUCCAACCAGUAUCAGGCAGCUUCAGCAGCCAUCAUCUACAAGGGACAUCACGAGCUUGAAAGGACUCGUUAUGUCUCUGGCAGAGUUACCACCCCAGAUGCGGAGCUCAAUGCCAUCUCGUGUGCAGUGCGCCUUGCUGUUAAGCAGGCAAACUGCCAACAUAUCAUGGUCUUUACUGACUCUAUGGGCUCGGCCCAUAGAGCGGUCGACCCUUCCGUGCACUCUGGUCAGGCUUUCAGCCUGUCAGUUUGUUGCACUCUCCAAGAGUGGUUUGAGGCGGAUGAUCUCCGCCGCAUCACCUUUAUCUACGUUCCCUCUGCUUUGCGGUGGGACAUUCAUGGUGAGGCACACAAGUACUUCACUGAACUCAAAGUCAGGGUUGGAUGUCGCAAGACGGACAACUCUAUAGACGUGCUGCGCUCCCGAGCCACGCACUCAGUCCUGGACUCAUGGAGUUCCACUUUCCAGGAUCCAACCUACGGAGGCUCUGAAUUCUUAGAGCUUCAACAGCCUGACGGGCAGCCGCUACAGCCAUCGUACCUCAAUGGGGGACCUUGGCUUUCAACCUUCAGACACAGUAUUACUGAGUUCACUCGCGUCUGCCGGUGUAUAACUGGCCACACACCCAUUGGAGUGUACUACCGUCGCUUCAAGAUAAAUGAGCCUCAUGGCUGCACUUGCAGGGCUGCUUUGCAGUCUCGCCAGCAUAUUCUCUUUCGCUGUCACGAUCGCUACUCCGUGCAUUACCCCCGCUUUCUUGGGGAUAUUGGAGGUCUUUGUACUCCCCCACGUAUCCCUAUAGGACUCCAGUGGACUCCAGUGGAGUCUGGUAGAAAUCUAUUAGCAGGAACACCAGCCAAAAGUGCCUACUGGACUCCAGUGGAGCUCACUGGAGUCCACUGGAGUCACCACCCAAAGUCUACUGGAGUUCACUGGAGUAUACUGGAGUGGAGUGUCCAUCUUCCACUGGACUCCUAUAGGACUUCAGUGGAGUCCAGUGAACAAUGCAGAGAGAUGUUAUAG